AUGCAGAACUUGUUUAAAUUUGGACUUCUCGAUGACGGUACAAUAAAUGCAUCAGAAACUCAAUGGCGUACCUUUGAAAAUGAAGAAAAACUUAAAUAUAACAAUCAAGGAAAAACAUUCAAUACUUCCAAUACUAUGGACGAAAAUUAUCACUUCAAUAUAGAAAAAUGCGAAAGCUCAAAUGGCAGCAGGCCAAAGGACAAUAUUUCUGUACUAUAUGUGCUGAACCAUAUGAAGGUUCACUAUCUAUCUCAGAGCAUUUUCAAUUUUUCUGCUCACCAUCCAAUGGUAGCUGGUAUAGGUGUCCAGGACGAGGACGAAAAUUAUCACGUCAAUAUAGAAAAAUGCGAAAGCUCAAAGGGCCCAUGCCCAAAGGAGAAUAUUUCUGUACAAUAUGUUCUAAACGGACUAAAAUUAUCACUUCAAUAUAGAAAAAUGCGAAAGCUCAGAGGGCCCAUGCUCAAAGGAGAAUAUUUCUGUACUAUGUGUGAUAAACGGUAUAAAAAUCAAGAAUCUAUCUCAGACCAUUUUGAAUAUUUCUGCUCACCAUCCAAUAGUGGCUGGUAUAAGUGUCCAGGACGAGUUUCUGUAUCAUACGCCCUGACGAAGUUUUUGAAUGAGUACGAGGAAGAAAAUCCACUCUGGCAUAGAUGUCCCAGUUGUAGAGAAGCAUUUCCAAGUCCCAGCAGCCUGAGACUUCACAUCCAAAUUGGUUGCAUAAAUGCCAGUACUUUGCAUGCAAAACAAGUCCAAUCUAUGGAAGCCAGAUUUAACGAUUUUAGAAAAUUGGUGCAUCCUGAGCCGCAUCUCAGUCCCUCCUACGUUGGCAUGCAAACCGUCCACAGGAGAAGAGUGCCAAAACCAAGUGAUGAUUUACAUGGAAAAUAUGAAUGUCCAGAUUGUCACAAAAUCUACAAAUGGAGACAACAUCUUAUCAGUCAUACGCGAUAUGAAUGUGGCAAAGAGCCCCAAUUUCAAUGUCCAUUCUGUUCGUACAGAGGACACCAGAGGAGCACCUUGAAGCGCCAUGUUAUAAGAGUGCAUAAACAAUAAUAAAGUUGUAUUAACUAUUUUUAAUGAGUAAUUUCUAAUUGUUUAAAAUAUUUCC